GUCCUUGCAAAAACUACAAAGCUUCUCUCUGCUGUGCAUCGAAUCUGGUCCAAGGAAGCCUACGUCUUUAUUACCAUAGCAAGAACAUGGAAAUUAGGUAAAGAUCUCAGACUUCAACUAACGAAUGCGAUAAUACCUUGCACAGUCUCAAGGACAGCAACGUCACCAAUCAUUUGUGAAAAGAAAACGCGAUAUGUAUCGUUGAUAAAGCACUUUCACUUCCACGAGAAAUGAUUCAUGUUAUCGC